AUGGACACGUUAAUUCCAGCUGGUGAAGACAAAGAGGGCAAUAUUCAAUGUAAAACAUCUAGAGAAAUUCUUAUGGAAAAACAUCCACCGGGGAGCAUUCCCAGCGAUGGCAUCCUUUUGCAAGAUGCAAAUUCUGACGAGAGUUACUACGAUCCAAUUGUAUUCGAAAGAAUAACUGGUGAUUUGAUGCCCUGCGAUAUCGACCGUCUUGAAUAA